CAUGCAUUUCAGCUUAGCCCGCUCUCCUCCACACGACCUGCAUGGCAGACGCAGAGACCUAUUUGGCCGUUCUCAAGGCCUCCUACGACUAUGAGCCCCAGCCGGACUCCGAGGAUGAGCUCGCUAUCAAGGAAGGACAGGUCCUGCUCCUGUUGGAGCGCACAGACGAGGACUGGUGGAGAGUGAAGCCGAAGCCAGACUCGCAGGAUGAGGAUGGUCCCUCGGGAAUGGUGCCAGCUGCAUACGCGGAGGAGGCCGAACAUACCCGAGUGGUCAAGGCAGUGUAUGAUUAUGAGGCUGCACAAAGCACAGAGCUUGACAUAUCCGAGAACGACGUGCUCUACGUCUACGGCGAAGACGAGGAGUGGAUCCUAGUGCGCAAACAGUCUGACGAUAGCAAAGUCGGCUACGUGCCUGGGAACUACGUCGAAGAGAUCGGUGACGAGUCUGCUGCCGCGGACCUGGAGGCUCCAGCACCGGCGGCAGUGCCGCAGAUCGUCAUACCGCCCUCGCCUCGACCUGUCAGCACCUACGUGGAUCCCGCAGAUCGCGUGGCUGCAGCACGAGCGCAUUCCGACGACAUCAAGACCUGGGCUGUCUCGGAGGUGGACAAGAAGGGGAAGAAGAAGAAAGGCACACUUGGUGUAGGCAAUGGGUCCAUCUUCUUCGCAAGUGAAGCAGACAAGACCCCGGUACAGAAGUGGCAGAGCUCCGACGUCCAAGAUGUACGGCUGGAGAAAUCCAAGCACGUCCACAUCGACAUUGGCGGAGCCGAUCCCAUCAACCUGCACUUCCACGCUGGCUCCAAAGACGUCGCAGACGCAAUCAUAACCAAGCUCGAGUCCUCGCGCUCUGCCGCAGCUGGCGCCGCCGGACCCUCGACCCCGCCGCCCGCUCCGGGCCCGUCUCUGGCCUCGCCGGAGGAGCCGCCUCGGCGCAGCAGCCCUGCGAAAGCUGUCCACUUCAACAACGAGGAGCCCGAGAUAAUUCCACCGCGCGAGCCGUCUGUGGAGGGUGAUGAAGAGGCGCCGGAGGGCGAACCCGCCGUUGUUCUAUACGACUUCAGUGCAGAUGGUGAAGACGAGCUUUCGGUGCAAGAAGGCGAGAGCUUGUUUGUGCUCGAGAAGGACGGCGCAGAGUGGUGGAAGUGUCGGAACGUUCAUGGGGCCGAGGGCGUCGUGCCCGCGCAGUACGUGGAGCUGCUCAACCCUGGGGCAAGCUCUGCGAUAGCGGCGACACAUGACGAGGACGAUGCUGAAGCCGUGCGCGUAGCGCAGGAGGCUGAGGAGCGCGCAGAAGCUGAACGUAGUGCAAGGGAAGACCGACUCCGACAAGAAGAGCGCGAGCGCCAGGAGAAGGAACGCGCAGAACGUGAACGCAAGAAGGAGGGAGAGCAGCGGGCGAAAGCCGCCGCAGUUGCUGCUGAGGCGGACAGGAAACGUCGCGAGCGCGAGCGGCAGGAACGUCAGAGGUUGGAGGAGGAGGGGCGCGCGAAGGCCGAGGCCGAGGCGACGAGGAAGAAGGAACGCGACUCUGUUGACCAUGGCGAGUCGUCGAAGAGCAGACGGUCGAAUGGCGACUCAAGGCGAUCGAGCGAUCGUGCCACAGAUGACAAGGACAUGCCUGAUCCCGCGAAGGUGCGAACAUGGCACGAUCGGACGGGCCAGUUCCGAGUAGACGCACAGUUCCUGGGCUUUUCGAGUGGCAAACUGCGCCUGCACAAGAUCAACGGCGUCAUCAUCGAGGUUCCUACGGAGAAGAUGUCCGAUGAGGACCUGAAGUAUGUCGAGAAGGUCACCAAGAAGGAGCGGGGGCAACGGCGCAAGAGUGACGACGACGACGAGCCCUUGGAGAUGCGGAGACGGUCACUUCAGCCAGAAGCGCGGUCUUCCUCAAAGAAGAAACCGACAAUCGAUUGGUUCGAGUUCUUCCUCAAUGCUGGGUGCGAUAUUGACGACUGUACGCGCUACGCGACGGCGUUCGAACGCGACAAGAUUGACGAGGCCAUCCUGCCCGAUAUCACGGAGGGCACGAUGCGCUCAAUAGGCCUCCGCGAGGGCGACAUCAUCCGUGUCAAGAAGGCUAUCGAUCAGCGUCAACCUAAGAAACCUAACGAUGGCUUGACAGAGCAGAUGCGCCGGGAUGAGGAGCUUGCGCGCCAACUGCAGGCUGAAGAGAACUCGGGCUCCGGCAAGACCAGGGGUCAGCCGCCGAACCUCUUCGCCGAGGCAAAUGGUGCGCUCAAGAGCAACAUGCGGAGAGGCCGUCCACAGCCUAGCAAGAGUCUGCCGCUCUCCAGCGUGGACAUCAGCUCGAUUACCUCAGCUUCUGACCAGAUCCAGCGGACGAGCUCGCCGAUGGUCAACAGCCCCGAGAAGACGUCCUCGCCCUCCGUGCAACAACCUGGACGCCCCGCCUCUGCCGCAGCCGUCUCUACCGGCUUCGACGACGAUGCCUGGACCAACAGGCCGAGCUCGACAAAGCCCGCUGCCACCCCCACCCCGCCCGUUGCAGCGCCCGCGCCCGCGCCACCUGCACCUCCAGCACCGCCUGCGCCUUCUGUAGAAUCUACAAUUGCUCCGUCACAGAGUGCUCCUUCUAUCGCGACGGCGGCAUCUGCUAGCUUGAGCAACCCGGCGGCGCAACAGGCGACUGGAACGACGUUGGCGAAGACUGACGAUGAUAUUUUCGAGCAGCUUGCCCGUCUAUCUAAGCUCCGCACACAGAGCCCCGCUGUCCAGCCGCCACAGCGCGCACCUUCUGUUCCCAUCGCUUCUCCUGCCAGUUAUCAGUCGGGCUUGGGGAUGGGCGCUUCAGCUGUCCCUAUUGGGCAACAUUUCCAGAACCAACAAACGGGCAUGCUGCCUCCCCCACAGCAGUUUGGGCCUCGCGGGCCUCUCGCGCCUGUUCCUACCAAUCAGGCUUUGCUUCAGCCUCUCGUGCCGACCACAACAGGCUUCAACGGCUUCGUCCCCACUCGCCCGCAAAGUGUGCAAUCACCGUUCGCGAACCCUCCACCCCAGCAAUCUCCAUUCCAAAGCCCCCCGCCGCAGCAGCCGUCCUUCCUUAACACUCAACCAACUGGUUUCCCGGGGGCAAACCAUUCGCUACUACCGCAACAGACCGGGUAUCCUGGUGCAAGUCCGAGCCCUCUGCAAUCCCAGCCGACCGGCUACCUGGCUGGCAACUUUGGGAACGCUGGCUCGAUGCUCUCGCAGCCACCUCCGUUGCCGAGCAACAAUUUCUCGUCUGGGCUGCUUUCUCAGCCAACAGGCAUGCCAAAUGGUGCCUUCGGUGGCACAAACGGCAACUUUGGCUCCACGCCUUCGUUCCAGUUGAAUGGCGGAUUCAAUGGGAUCCAAUCAAAUCCUACCGGUUUCAAUCCUGGCAUGGGUGCCUCUCCGUUCGGAAAUGGGAUGACUUCCCCUCCGCCGCAGCCCCAGUCUAAUGCUGUAGACACGACGCCUGCAAAUAUCUUCGCCAAGAUGAAGAGCGGCACCUUCGCGGAUGACAAUGAGGCGGGGCCGCAAAAUGCAGACAAAUACAACGCCCUUCGUCCUGCUCCAAACUUGACCGCGCAGCCGACAGGUUGGGGAUACCAGGGGAUGAACGGUGGUUUCACGGGCGGAUACGGAUAUCAGCGCUAACUGUUAACACGGACUUACCAUUAUGUAUCAACACACGAUCUCUGCGUCGUCACUAUGCUAGGAUAGAUGCGUUAAUAUACCGACCGAUGAAUAUACAAA